CGGAGGGAGCUAGCCGCGCGGAGGAGAAAAGCGAGCCACGGGCGAAAGCGAGCGAGCGAAAGCGAGAGCCAGAGGAAGAGUGCGACCGAGCGAGAGAGGGAGAGAGGGAGAGAGGGACGGGUAAAGGAGAAGGAGGAGGAGGACGAGGAGUCCGGGCAGGGAUUGCUACGCUACCUGUACGGGGCUCGCCGCUCGCUCGCCUGACUGACUUGUGGCACGACUGAAUUCUCGCGUCGAGGGGAGACAGCACCGUCCGGUGGACGAGGUGGAAAGCUGGGAUUCAAUUGGUGCGUUGGCCUUGUGAGGCCUCUCACUGGAGCGCGCACACCACUUGCUCUGGGCUGCCGCCGGGGUGAAUAUUGGGCCCUGACCCAUCCGGAUUCAGAGUCGGACACGGCUGCGUUCGCCUUUAGUGCCCGCCCCGGUGUUGGGCUUUCCCCCCUGCCUGCUCGCCUGGUUCUUCUCGGCCGAGUGCUGCUGCCACUCCUCUAGUCGCUGAGUCGCCCUCACACCGGGCCUGCUGCGUGUGCUGCUUGCCCUUCAACUCCCUUCCUCCUUCCCUUCCAGAGGGAAGGGCUGAAAAAGCAAGAGUAUCGGAGGAGAGGGCGCUUUUGCAAUCUACUUACUUGUCUACGCUUUCUGUUGGCUGUCCGCCUGGCGCAUCGUAGGAGCAAGGAAGGUCACGUUGCCCUUGGGUGAGAGAAGAGAGAGAGGAGGGAGGAGAGGGCAGGAGAGUUGUAGUCUCGGACGGGAGAGGAGAAAAGAGAGGCAGUCAGACGGGGGCCUGCCAGAGAGUCGAGUCGACUGUGGCCGAAGCAUUGUGCGAGUGAGUGAGUGAGUGAGUGUGGCGCAUUUCUCCGAGUUGCGUCUCGUUGCGUCUCGUUGCGGCUCGCCGCGUUGCAGACGAGGAGGAGAAGCGAGAAAGAGGGAGCGAGCGGGAGACGGAGAGUGUUUGUGUCGGCGUGUGCUCACGUGGGAGCGAGCGAAAGGAGGCGGGGCGGUGAAAUUGCUAUUUGUGCAUUGCGUUUGAACGGGAGAGCCUUCGCGUGGUUUUCGUGCAGAGUGGAUCUAAAGCAGAGCUUCGCCCCGCCUUUCCGCACUCUUCUUCUUCCCGUGCUUGCUCUCUGGUCUCGACUGUGAUCUCUAGCUAGCCAGCGCUCAGGCGUGGAACGUUUCUUUGUCGGGAAAAGAGGCUUCAUGCUCUACUCUCAUCACCAGCUUUCUAUCGUCAGCGAAGUACGUGGAUCUGUCUUCAAUGAAAUGCCCGUUCAGCCGAGUUGUUGUGGCAGGGACGAAGCUUUGACAAGAACGUACGUUAACCAAAUCUUUAUCAAAGGAUAACACUCGCUUAAUGCGUAGAACCUCUCGUGUGUGACAGAGUGUGGUGUUUCGAAAGCUGUUUGGUAGAAGAUAUGGCUUCAGGUGUAACUGUCCUGCCAUCUACCAGUGCUGGCGGGAAGCCUAGCGAUGGGAGCCGUCAAAAGAGAAAGAUUGCGGCUGGACUUCCGAAUGUUCGGAAGAGAGUUUGUGUUCCCAAAGAUGCCGUGAAAGUCGAAGCAGCGAGGAGCGCAGGCUCCUCGAAACCUUUCGUGACUAAAAGGAAGGAUAGGAUAGAUGAUGAAAAUACGGGAGAUUCCUCUCUGGAGUUGGACGCCGCUAGGGCUCUGACUCAGAUGCAAACACAGGUAUUGAAGAUUAUCGAAGAAAGGCCCGUGUUGACUUUGAAGGUCGUUGCACCGCUUCCCCAGUGGUCGAGGAAAAGAAUCCGCUCUAGCAGAGCUAAGAGAGCUGAUUGCGCGAGCGAUGAUUCCCACACCAGCGAGCCUGAACCGGAGCAACAAUCUGAGGGUGCAUCGUCCUUAGGAAAAGAUUCACAUUCGGCCAUCACCACCGCUGUGAAGGUCGAGGCGCCCAGCGGGAGCGUUGAGCAGGGAUGCGCCAGCGAUACAGAAAAGCAAAACAUCAAGCUUCUGUCAGAUUCUAGUUGCGAUUUUCAUCAGCUUGACUCUCGUGCCGAGAGCCCCACCUCUCCUCUACCCGCUUCAGUGAGAAUAGACGAAGUUCCAGGGUUCACCGCCUUCCAGAUGGUGGAGAAUGAACCACGAUCAGCCUUCAGAAAGGUUGUGGCCAUACGUCCGGUGAAGAAAGCGGCCGUAGCCCGUAAACCGAAGGUCGAGGAGAAAUCGUAUGAGGCCGCAACGCCCGAGCAAGCAGCUGUCAAGCUCGCCACUCGGAAGAAGCCGAAACCUGCGGGUGUAGGGCAAUUGCCUAUUGUGAAGACCGAGGAGGCAGACGCCGGCUGGCCAGUUAGCAGUACGGCAGUUGUUCUCAAUGAAGAUAGUAGAAGAUUCGAGGACGCCAAAUGUGCGAAUGCUGCGAAUCCUUGUAUGGCGGCGGCGCAGGAAGUUGCCCUGUCGGAGCCAGUUUUGGUCAAGAUUGAGACCAAGCCCAGCGUGAAACCUGGCCAGCGCGCUGGCGGCAAACUUAAACCUGCUAUCAGCGAGAGCGAAAAGGAGGCACGGAGACAGCGUCGGGUCCAAGCUAAUCGCGAAUCGGCCAGGCAGACAAUCCGACGGAAACAGGUUCUCUGUGAGGAGCUUUCCCAGAAAGCCCAGCUAUACACAAUUGACAACGACACAUUGAAAAAGGAAUUGGAGAUGAAACUCUUGGACCUAAAAAAGGAGAGUGAACUUAACGCGCGUUUAAGGGAACAAUUGCUGAAGAGUCACGAAGGAGUCUCCGGAUCUGAAGUUGCCGCGACACAACCUGAGCAUGGUUCAGCAUUCAGAUUCAACCCUCCAUCGUCCGGAACAUUCAAUCCGAUGAUAUUGAUGCAAUUUCCACACUACACGCACCCAAGCGACGUCUGUUUUCCUGGAGCACCGCCUCCCCUUGGUCUUUCUGGGGAUUACGCGACUGCUGCAGUAUCUUAUAUGCCAGUGAUGUGGACGGGAGGCGCCCAUGGGGGUCAGGGUCCUUUGGUAUCCUACUUCCCGUAUGCGUGCCCGGUGGCUGGCUCCAGCAAAUUUACUUCCCCUCGUGGAGAAGAGGCGACGAGCCCGCCGGCAUCGUCGUCAGGUCCAGCCGCUUCGUUACCGUCGACUCAGGCAGAGAGUCCGUUCUCCAAAGCCCCCUGUGGAAGGGACAGAGGUUUAGUUACCGCGAAGUCUCUCGGGCCGUACAGAGCGAGCUCAUUUUCUGAGUCCACGUUCUCACAUGAUGUGAAGAAAGCCUCUGUGAAAUGUGAGAGUGUAUGUGAAGCACCGACUUUCGGUGGGAAGGGACAGUUUUACAAGCUGACCACAUCAUCGCAGCAUGGAACUUCCUGUCUGCCGGGAGUAUUGCCCCGGAAGUCUUCAGGGGAGGAAUUGUUGUGCUUGCCUCCUCCGAGCGCCCAUCUAGCGAGAGCUUCCUCCGGCAAUUUAGCUCCGCAGGUGUCGAAGAUGGGGAAUUCAAGGUUCGUGUUUCCAAGCGGAGGAAGACGCUACUCGGACAUGAUGGGACAAGAACUUCCACAAAUGAUGCAGAGUCAAAAACCCUCGGUAGCAGUUGCAAGAGCGGCAGAAGCACGGCGUAAUCGGAUAGAGUUACAACGGAGUAGGGCACAGAGGCAGCAGGCUGCCCGAAUUGCAGAGCCAUCGGUGUCGUAACUAUAUAGCACUAUAGAGAAGAGAAGUAAGUAGCUUACAACUAUCACUGUUGGGUUAUUUUUCAGUUUUUGCUGACUUUUGAGGGUAGAUUUAAGAUUCGUAGUAGACUGAAACACUUCCAGUCUACUCUGGAAGUGUUUCAGUAUGUCGGUGUAAAUUCAAAUUUGAGUAUUAGACUCCACGAUAGGCAUGUGCUGGCUCACAGAAAACGCUACCAUCAAUGGAGCGUGUAUAACUGGGCAUUUUGAUAUCAGAAAGUGAUGUGUGAUAACCCAGGAAGAUCCCUGAUUUGGGAUUACUAAUCAGACCUUGGGAGAAGAAGACAAGGGGCUCACAUCACUCGUAGCAAUAUUUACCUGGCAUCCUUAGUACAAGAGUAGAUUUAGAGAGGCCACCUUUACUCCCUGAACUCAUGUAAUACGGAACCUCGAUGUAGUAGGCUUAGUGCAGCGGGGUCCUUUGAGUUCAGAAUCUUUGGCAGAGUGCUAGUAUUCUUACAGUCAAUUCUUAUGCAGGGAAUGCUUCCCAAGGCAUGAUUUUAUUGUACAUUCAAUUAUUUGUAUACGGAUCGAUCUAUAUGCUUGCUUAAGCUGG